AUGCGCGACCACGUUUCAUCUAACUCAGAAUCUCAAACUACAACUUUCCCCGACGAAUCAACCGACGACGAAUUCUGUGAAUGCUCAAAUACAUUUAAACUCGGUCGAAUUUGUGAUCCAUGUACCCGAUAUCGUGAGAAGAAGCGCGCUUCGAUUAUUAAGCACUUUGAUAAUUGGUCCUGUGGUAAUGAACAUUUGGACGAAUACCUAAAAAAACAUCAAUUGAGUGCCGUGGAUAACCCUCAUACGGAUUUUAAUAUUAAAUGGGUUGAUUUUAGUGAAUUUGAUGAUGUGACUCUACUAGAUAGUGGUGGCGAAGGUACCAUUUAUAAGGCAAUUUGGAAAAAAGGGCCAAUAGGAAUAGGUGAUAAACUUAUAGUGUUAAAAGCACUUCAUACAACUAAAGAUUUCGACAAUAAAUUUAUAAACGAAGCAAUAUGCUGGGGUAUUACGAAGCAUCCAGGCACUUCAAGUUAUAUGAUGAUAUUAGAAUACGCUGCGCGUGGCAAUCUUCACGCAUUUCUCAAGAAAAAUCAUCCAUUAAGUUGGGAACUAAAAAUUAAAAUUAUCUAUGACAUUGCAAAUACGCUUAGAUUUUUUCAUCAAGCUGGUUUUGCGCAUAGAGAUCUACAUAUUAGCAAUAUCUUGCAUACCGAAACUGGAAACUUCUAUGUUAGUGAUCUUGGUCUAGGGAGUGCUUGGGACCAAAAUUCAACGAAAGUCAACGAAUUCGAACUUUCUUUCUCAAUUUUAUCAAUUGGUGAAGUAGAUGAUAAAGCCACAUCAGAAUUAUGUUUCACGAUCACAAAUGAAAAUAUGUUAGAGAUUCCAGAAGAUUUUAAAAUUUCAGAGUAA